AUGAAACCAAACCUAAUCUCUGUCCCUUGGAGCAAGACAGAAGCGGGCGGUAUCCUCCCCACACACUGGCCCUUGAGAUGCUUGACGACCCCGCUCCUCUCUCGCCUGAGCAUUCCCUGUCCCUUCCCCGGGUCCCCAGACCUGGGGCUCGGCGCCCUCAAGGUACCUAAGGAGGCUGAUGAAGGAGGCAGGGCCACCUGUGGGAGUGCCAGGAAAGGAAAGCGGCAGCAUGCUUCCCCCCAGAACCCGCUUCUGGACUGCAGCCUCUGUGGGAAGGUGUUCAGCAGUGCCAGCUCCCUUAGCAAGCACUACCUGACACACAGCCAGGAGAGGAAGCACGUCUGCAAGAUCUGCAGCAAGGCCUUCAAGCGCCAGGACCACCUGACCGGGCACAUGCUCACCCACCAGAAGACCAAGCCGUUCGUGUGCAUCGAACAGGGCUGCAGCAAGAGCUACUGCGACUAUCGCUCCCUGCGCCGCCACUACGAGGUGCAGCAUGGCCUGUGCAUCCUGAAGGAGGCCCCCCCGGACGAGGAGGCCUGCGGGGACUCCCCUCACGCUCACGAGGCGGCCGGCCAGCCCACACCCGCUGGCCCGCGGUCCCUGGCGCCCCCGGAAGCCAGGUCCCCCGGCUCCCUCUUGCCCAACCGAGACCUCCUGCGCUGCAUCGUGAGCAGCAUCGUCCACCAGAAGAUUCCUUCCGCCGUCCCAGCAGCCACAGGGCCCGCAGACGGCGGGGAGGGGAGGAGCGCGGCCUGUCCCUGCGCACCCUCUUCCGGGCCCUCCUCCUGCACCCCGGCAGGCAUCCCGGCGGCCCCCGGAAACCUGGGCACGGACGUUCCCGAGGAGCCUCGUCCCCCCAGGAAGGAGCCUGCCGCUGCCAUGUUCACGGCCGUCCACUCGAGAGCUGUGGAGAACGGCAGCACCGACUCAGCCGAGUCCGAGCCCCCUGUGCUCCCGCUGCCGCCCACCCUGGAGGGCUGGCCUGAGGGUGGCCCCCUGCCUGCCUGCCUGCCUCUGUUCCGAGGCCAGACAGUGCCUGCCGGUUCCCAGCCAGCCAGCCACAACUUCCAGUGGCUCCGGAACCUGCCCAGCUGCCCCAAGAGCAAAGGGAACAACAUGUUCAUGGUCCACAAGGCCCCGUCAGUGCCGUCCCAGGAGGGCUGCGAGUCAGGCCCGGGGCCCAGCAGCACGUCCCCCGCAGGAGAGCCCCCGCCCAGCUCGGGUACCACCAGUCUGGAGGACACGUUGCCCUUCCCUGCCACGCUCCUGAAGGCACCCGGGGAGGCCUCCGGUGACUCCCGAUAUGCCGGCGGGGAAGACGACUCCUGGGUUUCCAAGAAAAGCAAGUUUGACUGCGACUCUUUCUCAUGGCAAAACCCUGGGGAGCCGGGCCUCCAGGAUGCCCAAAAGCCGAGCGGGCUCCCGUCGGAUGCCACGCCGCUCUUCCGGCAGCUCUUCCUGAAGUCCCAGGAGUCUCUGGUGAGCCAUGAGCAGAUGCAGGUGUUCCAGAUGAUCGCCAAGUCCCAGCGGAUCUUCUCCCAGCUCCCCGGGCCUGAGGGCAAGCAGGCCGCCCUGAAGCCACUGCCAGGGCCAUGGCCACAGCAGCCCCCGCCGCCGGCACCCCCUGUCGACUCUCUCCAUGCUGGCCCCAGAAACCCGGAGCUAGAGGGGUCCCCAGCCCGCAGGAGGAAAAUCACGCCCGCUUUCCCCCGGGAGGCCUCCCCAGCCAGCACCAGACGGGACUCGAAGGGAGGACCCAAAGUGGCCACCGCUCCGCCGUCCCUCACGGCCUCAUCGUUGGACCCUCCCGGCAAUCCAGACAUCUCCUCUCUGGCCAAGCAGCUGAGAUCCACAAAAGGGACCUUGGACCUGGGGGACAUCUUCUCCCCCGGGGGCCCGCGGCAGACCCAGUUAGGUGGGGAGGAGCCCCUCGGAGCCCAGCUCCCAGGGAAGCAGGCCCAGGCAGAGAAUGACACAGCAUUGGGGGCCACAAAAGGUGAAAAGAGCCAGGCCUGCGCCCGGGGCGGAGGCUACAGGCUCUUCUCAGGCAACCUCAGGUCCCAGCGCUUCUCGGGCUUCCGGAAGGAGAAGGUGAAAAUGGAUAUGUGCUGCACGGCCUCCCCGAGCCAGGUAGCCAUGGCCUCCUUCUCGUCGGCUGGGCCUCCGGCAGAGCCUCCCCAGGACUCCAAGUCCAAGCUGACCAUAUUCAACAGAAUCCAGGGUGGAAAUAUCUACCGGCUCCCCCAUCCGCUGAAGGAGGAGAACGUGGCAGGUGGAUGUAACCAGCAAAAUGGGGGCCCUGCAGACUGGGCAGAGCCAAGGAGCACUUAUGUCUGCAAGAAUUGCAGCCAGAUGUUUUAUACAGAGAAAGGGCUGAGCAGUCACAUGUGUUUCCACAGUGACCAGUGGCCGUCACCUCGAGGGAAGCAGGAGCAGCAGGUGUUUGGCACGGAGUUUUGCAAGCCAUUGAGACAGGUGUUGAGGCCAGAGGGGGACGGGCAGAGUCCCCCAGGAGCUAAGAAGUCCUUGGACAACCCGGCUGCAGCCUCUUUGGGGAUCCCUGUGCCUGUAGUUCCAGGGAACCGACCCACUGGGAGCUCCGCCAAGGGACAAGAGAAAGACGGGGAAGAGAGAGAUAGCAAGGAGAGCAGCCAGCAUAGGAAGCGGAAGAAGCGCCCCCAGCCCAAGGCAUUGCUCGCCCCUCCUCCACCCUCUUCAUCUGGGGAGCCGGGCCUGGGAGGAUGCCACCAGAGCUGUCUGCGGUCUCCAGUGUUCCUCGUGGACCGCCUCCUCAAGGGAUUGUUCCAAUGCUCUCCUUAUACGCCGCCCCCGAUGCUCAGCCCCAUCCGGGAGGGCUCGGGACUGUACUUCAACACGCUCUGUUCCACCUCUGCUCAUGCCGGUCCCGACAGACUCAUCAGCAACAUGCUCGAUCAAGUGGAUGGCUCUUUCGGCAUUUGCAUGGUAAAGGAUGACACCAAGAUCAGCAUUGAACCACACAUCAACAUAGGAAGCCGGUUCCAGGCUGAGAUCCCAGAGCUCCAGGAGAGAUCGCUGGCUGGAGUUGAUGAGCACAUCGCUUCUCUGGUCUGGAAGCCAUGGGGAGAUGUGAUGACCAACCAAGAAACGCAGGACAGAGUGACUGAGCUCUGCAACGUGGCCUGCUCCAGCGUGAUGCCGGGAGGGGGCACCAACCUGGAGCUCGCGCUGCACUGCCUGCACGAAGCCCAGGGCAACGUUCAGAUUCAGACAAAGACUGUAGCCCAGUGUGUUGAGUAUUAUUACAUCUGGAAAAAAAUGAUCAAGUUUGACUGUGGCCGAGCCCCAGGACUGGAAAAGAGGGUCAAGAGAGAGCCAGAUGAGGCAGACAGGACAGAAGCAAAGGUCAUUUGCAGCCCUCGGGAGAGACCCAGCCACCGUCCCACUCCUGAGUUCAAGAUAAAGACCAAGAGUUACAGGAGGGAGUCCAUUCUCAACUCCAGCCCAAAUGCCGGCCCCAAGCGGACCCCUGAGCCACCGGGGAGUGUGGAGGGCCAGGGUGUCUUUCCCUGCAGAGAGUGUGAGAGGGUGUUCGACAAAAUCAAGAGUCGAAAUGCCCACAUGAAGCGCCACCGGCUUCAGGACCAUGUGGAGCCCAUCGUCAGGGUGAAGUGGCCUGUGAAGCCCUUCCAGCUGAAGGAGGAAGAAGAGGAGGAGGAGGAGAUAGGGGCUGACAUCGGCCCCCUGCAGUGGUGAUUGGGGUGGGGUGGGGGGAACUGGGGCAAGGCAGCCAGUCUGGAUGGGGGCCUCCAGCCUCGUCACCUUUCCCCUCGGCCUCUCCAGUGGGUUUGGGGUACCCCUCUGCCUCUUCCCCACCCUUACGUUCCCUCACUUGCCAGCCUGGCGUGGAAACAUGGUGGGCAUUCAGCCAUAAAUAGGCAGGAGGAGCCCCCAGUCGUCAGACCACUGUUGGCUGGUGCCAGAGGCUCCAGUCUCCUUAGGUUUUAAUUAGUCUCUCCCCUUCUUUCAGUUCCACUCCUCCUAGAGCAGGGAGGCUUGGGCGGGGGGGAUGAGGUAGAUCUGGGUAGCGCUAAAAUCUUCACCUCAGUUUUGGGGUUUGGUUACAUUUGUUAGAUAAGGCCAAGACGUAGAGAAUCAGUGGGAAGAUACCUUCAGAUCUCCAACAUGUUGGGGCCCCCUCACCAGGGGAGUCUGUCUGCAUUCCAGAUUCAGUCCCUAGUCUUGCAAUGACUUGUACAUUGUUAGGUUUUUUUGUACGUGUCGACUUGUAAAUCUUAUUAAAUUGGGUUC